CUCAAAGAUCAAUGCCCUCGUCGCCCCUGCCGCGCCGCCCGCUGCAGCCAGCUCCGCCGCGCCCCGGCCACGCCGCCGUCCUCCGUGUGCGGCCACGCCCCCGCCGCCGCGCCCCAGCUCCUCUGCGUCCGGCGUCCAGGGCGCCCGGUCUACCGCGCGCCGCGGCCGGCCUGGGUGGUCAGUGGUGCACCAAGCAGCUCCGCAUCCUGGGCCGCCGUGAGACUCCGUCGUGGGCGUCCGGCGUGGGCGGGAGCCGGGCGGCGAGCCGUGCGCCUCGCCCUGCGUGCGGUGCCCUGCACCGCCGCCGUGAGCUGUCGCCGUGGGCGCACGGCCUGGGCGGGAGACGAAGGGCAAGCCAUGGCCCUGCGUGCGGUGCGCCGUGCCGCGCCCGCUUUCCCGGCCCUCUCCGCCCCCCGGUGCCGCGCUCGGCGCCAGGCCGAGGCCUUGGACGCAGCGUGCCGCGUCCGCUCCAUCGCAGCCCUAGCCGUCGUCGCCACGAUCCGCUGCCUCAAUGAAUCCUGUCGUCGAUCUAUGCGGCGACAGGGCCGCAACCGGUCCAGCUCCGCCUAGAGGGCUCGAUCUAUCUACAUCCAAAAUAGGAGUUGUGCUACUUGUCCCGUUAACAGGUUUAGGGAAUAUUCGAGAAACUGUCAAGUAAUGUGAAUGGAUCCACAUCAAGAAAGGAAAAAUUCAAGCUAAUUGUACAACAAGUUAAUGCUUCUAAUUUAUCUCUCAAAGCUGAUGUUCCAACUAGAUGGAAUUCUACUUUUCUUAUGCUUGAAAGAGCUGUGAAAUUCCGUGAUGCUUUCGACAGACUACAUGAAUGUGAUAGCUCAUACAAGUUCUUACCUUCCAAGGAGGACUGACAGCUUAUUCAUUGCGUAGCAGAUUGUCUCAAGGUCUUUUAUGAGGUUAGAAAAAGAGUUUCAGGUACAAAAUAUUCCACUUUAAGUCUGUACUUCAAUUAUUUCUGUGGAAUUUAUCUUCUCCGUGAGUGGCAAUUUGGUGUUAAUACAUUUGUUCCAUCGAUGGUUGUACCAAUGGUGAAUAAAUUUUGGUAAUAUUGGGACGUUGCAAAUAAAUUAUUAGAGACUGCAACAACUCUUGACGCCGCCUACAAAAUGAAAUCCAUCAAGUACUACUAUAAAUUGCUUUAUGAUCCAUUUCUAGCUGAACUAAGAAUUGAAUCUGCGAGAAAAUCAUUUCUUGAGUUGUUUAGUGAAUAUGCAAGUCAACGCUCCCAAACUUCAUCAGAUGCUAACUCAUCAAGGAAUUGAAUCUGCAAGAAUUUUUUUUUUGUACUUAUAUAUAGGCUUUCUAACUUUAUUUUAAUUGAAACAAUUGAGCCUAGGGGUGAUGAAGGUGACAUACCUACCUCUGAACCAUCUCUACCAACUAAAAGUCAAGAAGAUCAAACAGGACCAAUGUAGGUAUGGCAAAUACAUCAUUUCUACCCCUGCAUCUUAUGUGAGUGGUACAUUUCAAUAGUAUGUGAAGGGGUUUAGGACCAUAGGCAACGGAAAAUGUGAUCUAAAUGCAUUUUAUAGUUUCUGGAAGGAGUUCUGCUUCUAGGUAAAGCUUCAUAUGUGUAUUGUGCUCAGAUAAAAGAACCAGUUGGCAUCAGUGGGUUGGAUGUGGAUGAGGCCAUGCUGAGGGUCGUAUCUAUUUCGGACUGCAUCAGGGUAUCAAGAGAGGGAAACGAGUGUCGGCACAUGUUUGGUAGCAUAUAAAAAAUAUGAUACACUCAAGGGACAUGAGAAGGUACGCUCCCCGUUGACAACUGUCCUAUCUGGUAAAACAUUAGAAGUUGCUAGCUGAAAUGUUCUUGCUGCGUUCAGGGUGUUACCGGCAUUAGCUUGAAUCUUUGAGAGUUUUGAACCUUCAGCUUUUGUGUUUGUUCAUUAAUCUUGUAUUUUGAUGCAUGUUUUACUUGCAAAAGGGUAAAGUAUACAUAACAUAAUAUUUAUCACUCAUAUCUUAUUUUGAUGCAUGUUUUACUUGCAAAAAUCAGAAGUUCAAAAACAUGAAAUUGCAUUGACCUUGUUGCUCAAAUGUACCAUUUUGUUUUAUUUAGUGUAUAUCAUUGUUACACAUAAAUAUUACAUAUGUUGUUUUUUUACCCGUAGCGUUAGCACGGGCCAACUUACUAUAUGUAAUAGGAGCAAAAUAGUUCUGUAGUUAUGAGUUCAGCCAUGUAUCAACAAAUUCAUUUGGCGGGGGUUGGAUGUGUUCCUGGUUGGUCCAUGUUAUCUCUAUUGAUAUGUCUCCUGCAAAGGGUAUGAGGAUAGGUGAGCGAACAGCCUUUUUGACAAAAUCCCAUGGUGUACAUAAGCAUAUUUUGCUUUGAUCAUUGUUAUAUUUAGUUGCUUAUGAAUUUUAAUCUGAGGGCAGGGUGAAACUUUUGUGCACAGAAUUAGCCUAAGCAUAAGCCCUGUUUUAGAACAAUGUUUCUCAUGUAGGUACAUAAAAGGUGAUUAAGGCAUUUGUGCGUUGCUUCAACUUUUGUAGUAGCCCUGUUUUUGAAAAUGAUGAUGACGUUACUGAUGAACCUGCUGGUGCAGAUGUCUCAAAACAGCUACGGCUAACUCCACUGUUAGUCAAAAGAGUAGACCAGGAAAAAAAAUGAAGUGACGUACUGAUACUGUGUCUUUUGAUAUUCAUCCAUGAUAAACUUUAUCUAGGGUUGGCUUGAUUUACAUGUUAUGACAAAUGAUGAAUAUCUAUAUCUUGUUCUUUCUGCAAUCAAUGAACAUGUUAUGAUAUUGUUAGACAGAUUUUGUAUAUACUUGUGUGUGGGUCCUGCGCUAGGCAUGUAUAAGCCGGCCGGCCCUGUGUUUGGUUAGGGAGAUAUGGUUAGUUAGAGUCCUGAGUAGAUUUGGUUUCGGGGUUUCCUUUAGCCCCAAGCUAGAGAUAUGGUUAGUUAGAGUCCUGAGUAGAUUUGGUUUCGGGCUUUCCUUUAGCCCCAAGCUAUUCUUAGCCAUAUAUAUGUAACAUGUGUAUCUCCCAAUUAAUCAAGUAAUUAUUCCACACAAAUUACAUCUCUUUCAUGGUAUCACGAGACUAGGUUAUCUCCUUCCGCUGCUGGCGCCGCUGUACGCGCGCCCCACCUCACCGGCGCUGCUCCUAUCGCGCCUUUGCGCUGCCCGCCAGCGCUGCACUUUGAGCGCCCGCCCGGCCUAGCGCCAUGACUUCUGGCGACGAUGACGCCGCCAAGCCUGCCACCGACGCUGAUGCUGCACGCGACGAGGAAGCACGCGCAGCCGAGGCUGCCCGAGCUGCUGCUCAGGCCCGCGCCGAGGAAGCUGAGCGGGAGGCCGCCUCCGCUCAGGACGAUCUCGACGCCGCCGCCGCUCGUCUCCGUGCCGCGCAGGAGCGCGCUGCUACCGAACGUGCCGCGGCCGCGCCCUCCAAGGAAGAUGACGCCGACGCCUUCCACCAUGGCGAAGACGACAUCGACCUCCAGGCCGCUCUUCUCCAACAGGAGGCCGCCGUCCUCCUCAAUCUCCAUGCGCAAGCUGUCUCUGUCCAGAACAUCCAGACUCUCGUCCCGCUACUCCUGGAUGUCAACUCCACCUUCUACGCCCGCUGGAAGGAGUCCUUCCUUGACGUCCUCGGAAAGUACUCGCUGGAACACCAUGUUCUCUCCGACGCCGUCGCCCCUUCUUCUCCUUCCUGGGUGCGAAUGAAUUGUGUCGUCCGCACCUGGCUGCUCGGCGCCAUCUCCGACGAUCUCGCCAACUCUGUCUCCGAGCGCGGCGCCUCCGCUCAUGCGAUCUGGCUCGCCAUCGAGUCCCAAUUCCUUGGGAACCGUACCACCCGAGCUCUCUACGCCGACCAAGAGUUCCGGGCCUUUUCCCAAGGCGAUCUCUCCAUCGUCGACUACUGCCGCCGCUUCAAACGCAUGGCGGAAGAUCUUCGGGACAUCGACCAACCGAUCUCCGAGGAGACACUCGUCCUCAACAUCAUCAGUGGGCUCAAUGAGCGCUUCAGCGCCCUUGGUCUUCAUCUUCGCCGCAGCACCCCGCUCCCUUCCUUCCUCCAGGUGCGCGACGACCUUCGUCUCGAGGAGAUGACCAUGGCCAAAGCUCCCCCCCCCCCGCCGCCGCUGCCCUCACCGCCCUCUCCGGCUCCAGCACCGGCGGCUCUGGCGGAUCCAAGCCACCCACCCUGGCGCCGCCUCGACCACCCCAGCAGCAGGACUCCGCCCCGAAGACGCCACAGCAGUCGGCGUCCAACUCCGGGGGCGGCGGCUUCCAGCGCGGCAAGCGCGGUGGCAAGCGCUUCAACAAAGGCGGCGGCGGCGGGGGUUCCUCCGCUGGCGGCGCCUCCGGCAACGCAUCUGGCGGCGGCUCCUCCUCCCCUGCGACGGCUCCACCGACCGGCACCAGCUUCUACAACCCGUGGACCGGUGCGAUCUACAUGUGACCGGGUCCACGGGCCCCGAUGCCUCCGCGGGCCGCUCCUCCAGCUCAACACCAGACCUACGUCGCCGGCCCACCUAGCCAAUGGGCUGGCCAGUGGGGUGUUCCCUCCCCUGCUGCGCCUCUGUCUCCAGGCUGGGAUCAGCAGGCCCUAGCGGCCCAAUUCCAGACCAUGUCGCUCCAACAGC